AUGGCGCCCAAAUUUGCUGGCAUGUCCGGCAGGCCACUGUCCCUGACAGUGUCCACCAUUGCAACAAUGGGUUUCCUCCUAUUCGGUUACGAUCAAGGUGUAAUGUCAGGUAUCAUUUCAGCCAACGCCUUCGACGACGUCUUCACAGCCGCCAAGGGUGACUCGACGAUGCAAGCCCUCAUCACCGCCGUCUACGAAUUAGGUUGUCUAUUUGGUGCGAUGUUCGCUCUUUUUGCCGGUGACCGUCUCGGUCGUCGAUGGAUGGUCAUUUCCGGCGCCGCUAUCAUGGUCAUUGGCGUCGUUAUCCAGGUCACUUCCUUCGUUGGCCAUAUCCCUCUGCUACAAUUCAUGUUCGGUCGUGUCAUCACCGGUAUUGGAAAUGGCAUGAACACUUCUACUAUCCCUACUUACCAGGCUGAGUGCUCUCGUACUAGCAACCGUGGUCUGUUGAUUUGUAUCGAGGGUGGUAUUAUUGCUAUUGGUACGGCGAUUGCCUACUGGAUUGACUUUGGUGCUUCGUACGGUCCCCCUGAUCUGGUUUGGCGUUUCCCGAUUGCGUUCCAGAUUGUUUUCGGUUUUAUUAUUAUUAUCGGCAUGUACUUCUUGCCCGACUCGCCUCGUUACCUUAUCUCUAAGGGUAAGGUUCACGAGGGUGAGUAUGUGCUUGCUGCUCUGGCUGGAAAGGAGAUCGACGAUCGUGAGACUCAGUUGCAGAAGCAGCUUGUCAUUGAAUCUAUCGAAGCUGCUGGUGUCGCCGAGGGUGCUGGCUACUCCGACCUGCUCACUGGUGGCCGUACUCAGCACCUCCGCCGCAUGCUCAUCGGUUCUUCCUCGCAAAUCGCCCAACAGCUGUCCGGCUGUAACGCCGUCAUCUACUACCUCCCCGUCCUUCUAAAGCAAUCCCUCGGUCAAACCGAAUUCAUGUCCAUGCUCAUCGGCGGUAUCAACAUGAUCGUCUACGCCAUCUUCGCCACAUUCUCCUGGUUCUUCAUCGAGAAGAUCGGUCGUCGCAAGCUCUUCAUCGGUGGUAUGGCCGGCCAAAUGGUCUCCAUGAUCAUCGUCUUUGCCUGCCUUAUCCCUGGCGGCACCGGCCCAGCCAAGGGCGCUGUCUUCGGUCUCUUCUUGUACAUGGCCUUCUUCGGCGCUGCCAUGCUUCCCCUGCCCUGGUUGUACCCAGCCGAGCUAUCUCCCAUCCGCACCCGAGCCAAGGCCAAUGCCGUCUCGACUUGCUCUAACUGGUUGUUCAACUUUACCGUUGUCAUGAUUACCCCCGUCAUGGUGGCCCACAUUGGAUGGGGCACGUAUCUGUUCUUCGCUGCUAUGAACGCCAUCUUUAUCCCGCCUAUGUACUUCUUCUAUCCUGAGACUGCUGGCCGUUCCUUGGAGGAGAUUGAUAUUAUCUUUGCCAAGGGCUAUUGCGAGAAGAUUAGCUAUGUUAAGGCUUCGCAUGAGCUGCCUAGUUUGACUGAUGAGGAGAUUGAGCAAAAGGCUAUCGAGUAUGGGUUUGCGGCUGCUAGCCCCGAGGAUCCGGAGAAGGGUGGUGGUUCCCCUGCAUCGGAGGAGGAGCAGCGUGAGAACCGUGAGAACCGUGAGAACCGUGCUUGA